AUGAACAGUCGACUACUGGAUCAACAAACAAAUUUGAAAACUUUCGGUAAAUGUAAUCAAAUUCACGGCCAUAACUAUCGUAUAGAGUUGACUAUUAAGGGAACAGUAGAUCCUGUAACCGGAUUUCUAAUGAAUAUCAAUGAUCUUAAGGAACUGAUGGAUGAAACUAUAGUCAACCGUAUAGUAUCGCAAAAAACUAACGGUGCGAACAAUGGUUUGGACGACAAAAAUGAUACACAAUUGAAACGAUUGACUCGUAUUUAUAGAGAUCUGUUGGAAACCAUUGGCGAAGACACGGAAAGAGAGGGUCUAUUGAAGACACCGGAGAGGGCAGCGAAAGCACUGUUGUAUUUCACUAAUGGAUAUCAAUUGAAAAUCAAUGAUGUCUUGAAUGAUGCCGUGUUUGCUGAAGACACCGAUGAGAUGGUUGUCGUCAAAGAUAUUGAAAUGUUUUCCUAUUGUGAACACCAUUUGGUGCCCAUCUAUGGCAAAGUGUCUAUCGGUUAUCUGCCCGACCAUAAGGUGCUGGGACUCAGCAAAUUGGCCCGAAUUGUUGAAAUGUUUGCCCGAAGAUUGCAAGUUCAGGAAAGACUGACCAAACAAAUAGCCGAAGCAGUGGUUGAAGCUAUCAGUCCUUUAGGAGUCGGUGUUGUUGUUGAGGCCAAACACAUGUGUAUGAGCUCUCGUGGGGUACAGAAAAUCAAUGGCAAAACUAUAACCAGUUGUAUGUUUGGAGAGUUUAAAGAUAAUCAUAAAACUAGACAUGAAUUUCUAUCAAUGAUUUAA